AUGGUUUGCAAGAACUACUCUAUCCCCUGCCCACUUACCUCGGAUUUCAGGACAAUCGACAACACGCCCAUUACCAGCAUUGUUGUUGAUCUCUGCGACUUAGGCUUUGCUGUGGCAGAGGUGGAGUAUAGGAGACGCGACGAUGAAGGAGGAGGAUGGCCAGGAACCAAUCUAGACGGGGUGGAAGCGUUGAAUGCCCUUCCACACGUCUGCCAAGAGCACGCGCUGCACCUGGACCUCGACAGGGUGAUGCUGGUCGGGCACUCAGCGGGAGGAGCUCUUGUCCUGUGGCUGGGAGAGCAGGAGCUACGAGUCAACGUCAGGCUGAUCGUAGCAGUCGCACCAGUGACGGAUCUGGAGGAUGGGUACAGGAGACGUCUGAGCGACGAGGGAGAUGCGAUCGAGUUGUACAUGAAGUGCACGCCAGACACAGCAGAAGGGUUGAGGGAGUAUAGCAAGGCUUCUCCUAUCCGCCUGCUUCCAGCAAGGCGAAACAUUCUGCUGGUCGUUGGUUCAGAGGACAGGGAUGUUCCUGCAGACAUGAUAGAGAAGUACUACCAGAAAGCAGCAAAGGAAAAGCAAGACUCGGACUUGCUGCUGCAGAUCGUAAAGAUUCCGGAAGCAGAUCACUACGACAUUUUAUCGCGCGGGCAUCUGGCUUGGAAGAAAGUCAAAGAUGGUAUCGUGGAAAUUUGGAAAGCUUGCACGGAACUGUGA